AUUUAUCGAUAGAUCUUUUCAUUUCAUAGUUUGGUUUAAAUGGAAAUAUAAGUUUUUUGAGUUAUAAUUUAGUUUAAAUUUAAAAGAUCAAAAUGAAGAUUUUUAAUUUAGAAUUAGUGAUAUUUGCCGUAUUGAUAGUUACAGUCAGUGGAGCUUAUAAAAGUUAUGAAAACUAUAAAGUAUACAAAAUCGUACCGAGAACAGAUGAACAAGUGCAAAUUUUGAACGAUCUAGGAAAAGAAGAGUACGAUUUAUGGACUGAUGUUAUUGUUGUCAACAAAGAUGUAAGAAUAAUGGUACCACCUAGUAAAGAUGAUCAAUUUGUUAAAUAUACUAAAAGUCUUGGAAUGGAUCCUGUUGUAAAAAUAUCUAACGUGCAAGAAUUAAUUCACGCUCAAAUGCAGUCUGCCAAGACAGCUCGAAGCAGCAGUCUUGGCUCUUUUAAUUGGAAUGAAUAUCACAAUUUAGAAAGAAUCCACGCUUGGCUUGAUGAAUUACAAACAAUGUAUCCAGAUACCGUUAAAACCGUAUCUAUUGGGAGAUCUAAUGAAGGCCGUGAAAUUAAAGGCGUGAUUAUUGACCUUAAACCUGGUAAUAGGGGAAAUAAUCCUUUAACAGGAAUGAUUGAAGGUGGCAUUCACUCUAGAGAAUGGAUAUCACCAGCAACUGUCACUUGGAUUAUUAAAGAAUUUCUAACCAGCGAUGAUCCUGACACUAAAUUUAUGGCGGAAACUUUUGUAUGGCAUAUAUUUCCUGUUAUUAAUCCUGAUGGCUACGUGUAUUCCUUUUUAAAUGAUCGUAUGUGGAGAAAAAAUCGUAAUCUUUUAUACGGCACUAGUUGUACCGGAAAUGACGAUCUAAGUAAUGGUAUAGAUCUUAACAGAAAUUUCGACUAUUUGUGGAUGACCGUUGGUGCCUCUUCUGACCCAUGCACGCAGACCUACGCUGGUCCUUCUCCGGCAUCUGAACCUGAAACCCAGGCCAUAUCGAACUACUUGUUAAGUUUGAAGAGAACUGGAAAUGUUUUAUAUUAUUUCGCUUUUCACUCAUAUUCUCAGAUGACCCUCAUACCAUAUAGCCACUUGUCUGGUAUCGACGUGCUUCAAGUCACAAACUACGCGGAUUUGUACGAGAUAGCAAUUCGUGGAGCGGAGAAACUGACUCAAAAACACGGGACUAACUACCAGGUUGGAACUUCAGCUGAUAUUUUAUAUUCCGUAUCAGGGUCCAGCUUUGACUGGGUGAAGGGAGUUGGAGACAUUCCAAUUGUAUAUCUAUUUGAACUUCGUGAUAUCGGCGAGUACGGUUUCUUAUUACCGCCAGAACAAAUUAUACCAAACAAUGAGGAAAUCAUGGCGUGCCUUCUCGAGAUGGACAGAACCACAAGAGAACUGAGAUACUAUUCUGGCGGUCCUUCGCUCUACGCUUCAUUGAUUUCAAUAAUAAUAAGUGCAGCCUUUGUAAUUAUUGUUAAAUAAAUCUUUGUCUUAACU